CUUGCUCACUGCUUAGCCCAGCCCCCUCCUCUCUUCGAUGGCUACCACAGACCACUGCCUCGUGUGCUUUGAGGCUCUCGAUGCCCACCUCAAUCACCGGAAGGCUCUGGAUCUCGAGGAGAUCCAGGAGAAACUGGCCCAUGCCAGUGCUCCCAAAGCUCUCGACGAUCCCACCCUACAGCACCUUGUCGUCCCCGACGCCAGCACCUCUUCCUCCUCCUCUUCUACUUCUCUGAGCGUGUCGACGCCUGCGACAAGCACUUCAUCUCUACCCAUUGCUCCAACCUCAGCCCCUCUCUUCGUCACAUGGAACACCAUGGAGGACGGCGAGGCCUCUCUCCGCGGCUGCAUCGGCACCUUUGAAGCUCAGGACCUCUCCGAGGGCAUUGCAGAGUACGCUCUAGUUUCGGCGCUUCAAGACACCCGCUUCUCGCCUAUAAGAAAAACAGAGCUCCCAUCACUGCAGGUUGCGGUGACGCUGCUCACCGACUUUGAGGAGGUCGACGACAUGUUUGACUGGGAGAUUGGUGUCCACGGCAUCCGGCUCUCCUUCUACGACCGGGGCCGCCGGUACGGAUCCACCUACCUCCCGGACGUGGCCUCUGAGCAGGGCUGGACCAAGGACGAGACUCUCUUCAGCCUCAUCCGCAAGGCGGGCUGGAUGGGCAGCCGGGGGCGCUGGAAGGACCUGGAGCUCAAGGUCACGCGGUACCAGGGCAAGAAGACGACGCUCGAGUAUGCGGACUUUAAGAAGUGGCGGGAUAGUCUUAAAGAGUGAGGGCGCAUCUAUCGAGAGGUGGUGGUUGUAAGUAGAAGGGUAAGCUGUUGAUUCUAGACCUAGAGGUCCGGCGUUUUUGGCGACAGGAGGGAAACAGCCCUCGGGGUGCCAUUUCAUCUCAUUUGCUUUGAAAGGUAGAGCUAGGCGUGCUACCACGCUCAGCAUCAUCUCCCAAUUCACAAACUAUUCAGACAUGUUGAUUUCAGUUGCAGGUUUGACCCAUGGGCACCCAGACAUACAUCACGCAGGGUCACAACUUGCGAUGCUCAUGUAGGCCAAUAUAUCAAACUUGAUGCAAGUUGAUGUAUUAUUCUAGUAACCAUCGAUGCAAACCAAAACACCAGAGUCAACCUCAACCCUGCUUUGCCAGCGCAUCUUUCAAACUCCAAUAUGGAAACAGUACUUUAUGGACAUGCUCUGCUAUUCUUAAAUACGAUCCGAACCAGAAAAACACAAAACUCGCGACAAAUAUGACCUAGUACAAUCCCCAACCCAGAUAAAACAGGGGAAAG